AUGAAGGGUAUGAUGGCAACUACUGGCUGUGGCAACACCAACACUAAAUCUCAGAAUGUGAAUGUGAAAGCUGUUGUCACAAUUAAACAAAGUGAUAAUGGGUUUCUACAAAAUGUUGUAAAUUCAACGGUUGAUGGGAUCAAAGAGUUAGUCGACAAAACACUGGCUUUGGUUCUUGUCAGCCAAGAGCUUGACCCAAAAACGAACUCAGAGAAAAAGACAACAAAAUGUUCGGCUCAAAUUAUAGAGGAAAGAGAGGACGUCGUUUUGUAUGAGGCAAAAUUUGAGUUAUCCACAGAUUUUGGGAACGUUGGUGCUGUUCUAAUUGAAAAUGAGCAUCUGGAGGAGGUGCUUCUAAAGAGUAUACUCAUUCAUGGCUUCCCUGAUGGGCCUGUUCAGUUCACUUGUAAUUCAUGGCUUCAACCCAUGCAUGAUAGUCCUAUGAAUAACAGAGUCUUCUUCACAGACAAGUCAUAUCUGCCAUCACAAACACCAAAAGGGAUACAAAGAUUGAGAAAAGAGGAGCUAAUUCUACUAAGAGGGAAUGGAGAAGGAGAACGCAAGAGCUCUGAUAGAAUAUAUGACUAUGAUGUGUACAAUGAUCUUGGUGAUCCUGAUUCCAACAUUGAUCUCAAAAGACCUGUUCUUGGUGGCACCAAACAUCAUCCAUAUCCAAGACGGUGUCGUACUGGUCGAAAGCAUUCAGAUGCAGACCCAUUGUCUGAGACAAAGAGUUCAAGUUUUUAUGUUCCACGUGAUGAGGCAUUUGCUCAAAUAAAGCAGACACAGUUCACAACUUCUACGAUAUCCUUAGGGUUGAGUGCAAUUUUUGAAUCCUUAGAUACAAUUCUUACAGACCAAAAUCUAGGAUUUGUUAGCUUUGAAGACAUAGACACACUCUACAAGGAAGGGUUCAAUUUACCACCUCUUAAGGCCGAUGGCUUAACAUUGCUCCAAAAAGUCAUUCCCAAGUUGAUCAAAGUAGCCAAUGAUGGUCAAAAUAUUUUGCGCUUUGAUGCCCCAGAAGCAUUUAAAAGGGAUAGAUUCUUUUGGUUUUCAGAUACGGAAUUUGCUAGGGAGACCUUGGCAGGUGUUAACCCAUGUAGCAUCCAAUCGGUCAAGGAAUGGCCUUUGACAAGUAAGCUGAACACCCAAAUCUAUGGUCCAUCAGAAUCAGCAAUAACUAGAGAAGUUAUCGAGCCACAAAUCAUCACUUAUGGAACAAUUGAGAAGGCCAUUGAAGAAAAGAAGUUGUUCAUGCUAGACUACCGUGAUUUAUUCUUACCAUAUAUAAGCAAAGUGAGAGAGAUCAAGGGCACCACACUAUAUGGAUCACGAACACUAUUCUUCCUAACUUGUCAAGGCAUAUUGAAGCCAUUAGCUAUUGAGCUCACUCGACCACCUAUGGAUGGCAAUCCACAAUGGAAACAAGUUUUCACACCCGUUUCUCAUUCAACCAAUCUCUGGCUUUGGAGGCUUGCAAAAGCUCAUGUUUUGGCCCAUGAUUCUGGUUAUCAUGAACUUAUAAGCCAUUGGUUGAGGACUCAUUGUGCUGUAGAACCCUUCAUAAUUGCAACACAUAGACAACUUAGUUCCAUGCAUCCGAUAUAUAGAUUGCUCCAUCCACAUUUGAGAUAUACUAUGGAGAUUAAUUCCCUCGCACGUGAAGUGCUUAUUAGUGCAAAUGGGGUCAUUGAAAUCUCAUUCUUUAGUAGUAAGUAUUCAAUGGAGUUAAGCUCCAUGGCAUAUGAUCAACUGUGGCGGUUUGAUUUACAAGCACUUCCAAAUGAUCUAAUUGAAAGAGGAAUGGCUGCAGCAGAUCCUAAUGCACCACAUGGCCUAAGGCUAACAAUUGAAGAUUACCCUUUUGCCAAUGAUGGUCUUCUUAUAUGGGAUGCCAUAAAAAAUUGGGUAACCGAUUAUGUUAACCAUUACUAUCCAAGUCCAAGCCUCAUAGAAACUGAUCAAGAGCUUCAAGCAUGGUGGAGAGAAAUUCGAACUGUGGGUCAUGGAGACAAAAAAGAAGAAUCAUGGUGGCCAAAUCUUAACACAUCAAAAGACCUUAUUGACAUCAUCACCACAAUAGCUUGGGUAGCAUCUGGUCAUCAUGCAGCUGUGAACUUUUCCCAAUAUGCUUAUGGAGGCUAUUUCCCUAAUCGACCCACAAUUGCAAGAAUCAAAAUGCCAACAGAAGACCCUUCUAAAAAGGAAUGGGAAAUUUUUUUGAACAAACCUGAGCAAAUUCUUUUGGAGUGUUUCCCAUCACAAAUUCAAGCAACCUUAGUAAUGGCAACGUUGAACUUAUUAUCAAUUCAUGCACCAGAUGAAGAGUACAUUGGACAAUACAUGGAGCCAUCAUGGGCUGAGAAUCCAACUAUAAAGACAGCCUAUGAAAAAUUCAAUAGAAAAUUGAAGGAGAUUGAAGGUAUUAUAGACUUCAGAAAUGUAAACACUAAUUUGAACAAUAGAUAUGGAGUUGGAAUAAUGCCUUAUGAGCUAUUAAAGCCAUUUUCUGGCCCUGGCGUCACUGGAAAGGGAGUUCCAUACAGCAUAUCCAUUUAA